AUGAGCGGGGUGCUGUCAGGGGUAACCACAUCUGUCAACCGUUCUUGGCCAAUAAAGAGCGGAGCGAGGCGGACCUCAGGUGCGCGCCUCUGCGUCCCCUUGGCCCAGCGCCCGGGAGAUAGAGAGAGACGCCUAGUUGCCCCGUGGCGGAGGAGAGUUACUGUCAAAGGCUGCUCGUUUUUAACUGGAGCCAUCACUCCGGUUCCAAGAGUUAUGGCGACCGCAGCAUCCAACCACUAUAGCGUCCUGUCUAGCCCCAGCAGCGCGCCUCCGCCGCACUCGGAGUCCGGGAGCAUGCAGCAAGCGGCAGUGUACAGGGACGCGCACACCCUGCUCCAGAACGACUACACGUUAUCGGGCGGCGGUCAUCCGCUCAGCCACGCGCACCAGUGGAUAACUGCUCUGUCGCACGGGGACGGGGUGCCCUGGCCGUCGAGUCCCCUCGGAGAACAGGACGUGAAGCCCGUGCUGCAAAACAGUGACCGCGAGGAGCUGCAGAAUUCCGCUAGUCUGCAGCAGCAACAGCGACACCCUCACCUCGCGCACCAGACACACCACGACGCCAGGGCAUGGCGAACGAGCACGGCCACCACGCAUAUUCCCGGUAUGGCGACGUCUGACGGACAGAGCCUGGUGUAUUCCCAGUCGGGGUUCGGUCUGGUCGGGGGCGAGCAGGGGAUGCAUCAUCACGGCCUGCGGGACGAGGAGCACCACAGCCACAGUCCGCACCUGAGCGAGCACGGCGGCAGCCACCAGCAGUCCCUCGCGCACCACCAGCACGGGGGACACGCGGACCAUUCGGACGAGGACACGCCGACCUCGGACGACCUGGAGCAGUUCGCCAAGCAGUUUAAGCAGCGGCGCAUCAAGCUGGGCUUCACGCAGGCGGAUGUGGGGUUGGCUCUCGGGACUCUGUAUGGAAACGUGUUUUCCCAGACCACUAUCUGUCGAUUUGAAGCACUGCAACUAAGCUUCAAAAACAUGUGCAAACUCAAGCCCUUACUGAACAAGUGGCUCGAGGAAGCAGACUCCACGUCGGGGAGCCCCACAAGCCUGGAUAAAAUCGCGGCGCAGGGGAGAAAGAGGAAAAAGCGGACCUCCAUUGAGGUGGGCGUGAAGGGGGCUCUGGAAAGCCAUUUCCUCAAAUGCCCCAAACCGGGCGCGGCGGAGAUCACCUCCAUAGCGGACAGCCUGCAGCUGGAGAAGGAGGUUGUGAGGGUUUGGUUCUGUAACAGGCGACAGAAGGAGAAGCGAAUGACACCUGCCGGAGGACAGUUACAGGGAGGAGAGGACAUGUAUGGAGACACUCCCCCGCAUCACGGCGGCCAGACUCCGGUGCAAUGACCCGAACCCAUUAUCUUAAACACAUGGACCCUAAAGAUCGUUGAAUGUCCCCCAUUUGUGUCUCUGUGCCGGACCAGUUACCAUUGGACGUUAGCCAGUGCUAAUGUAGAACCUACAAACACAGUGGAAAUAGUUGGAACGCGAGCAGUCAGCACCCGAGGCCGCGGCUGCAUGGGGUUUUUAACGCCCUCUAAAGCGCAAUAGGCUAUUCUACCGUGGCUGGACAUCGUUGACAUGAGGUGAAGUCAGAAUUUGUUUUAAAUCAAAGACAGUAUAGGCUAGUGUGUGCACGACCUAUACCCAAGGGGGAAAAGCAGGCAUGAAAAGUCGCAGUCGUCGUUGGGUAAAUAAACGCCAUCUUUCAGUCAUAACAAAAGCAACAGGGGUCUGACACCAGAAGCUGGAUACGCCGCAACCGCUGCACCUGUUACCGACUAAAAGACAUUUCAACCACCAGCAUAUAUUAUUAUCAUCAUCAUUAUUGAUGUUAUUAUUAUCAAGCCUGUAACAUUCGUUCAGCUGUAUUGUCACCAUUUAAAUGUGAAAGGAUAUUAGGCCUAUAGGCCUAUAGAAAUAUAUAGCCUAGCCUACUUGCAAAUGAAUUGUCAUCCAACAUUUGACAUUCAUUUACUGAACUUUAGGCGCUCAAUAUAGCUGGCACUCUUCACUAGUGUUAAACAUUCAAAUAAGAAUCUGGUUGCACUGCUGUGCGAGUGCAUCCAAGUAGCCUAAUACAUCAUGUAACAAAUUAUCAGGAAUCUACAAAUAUUAGAAUGCAUCCCGUUCAGAGGAAACAUAGGCCAUACAAUUGUUAGUAGCCUAGCAAUAAUAAUAUCAGGCCUAUGAUAAGAAUUUUUAAAAAUGAGGAUUAGGCUAGGCCUAUUAAUGAUAAUAACAAAAUAAUAAUAAGAAUAAUCAAAUUAAAGUAGCUUUGGGGUGAAACUUCUAAAACUAACAUUUUUAAAGCUUCCUUUAGUGCCCAUGUGUACAUUUGACAGAAUAUCCGCGCGCCUGUUUACAGUUUGUUUGUAUUUGUAUAUUUAUAAAUGCUGUGAUCUGAAAGAGGAUGGUAGACUAGGUUACGCCAAGCCUUGGCCUUUCUGCCUUCAUUUCCUAAGAAGAAAAUAACGGAAUAUAACGCUACCACCUCUGACACAAAUGAAUCUAUUGACGAAUUCAUUCACUGAGAACAAUAUUCGUGGGAUGUAACUUUAUUCGUUUUUGUAUCGCUUUGUAUGUUUGUUGUUUGUUUUUUUUUGUUGAAUUCCUUCUGUCAGUCAGUGCCAAAGCACAAACGUGUUCGAACACUAUAGAGCCAGUCAAACCCAACAGAUCAAGGUUCCAUCGUAGGCCUGAAUGGACCUCUGCAAGAUCCUGUUUGUUGCAGUUAAGAAUCAUGGGACUCGGUUGGGUGGAUUCCGAAGUGAAUUGAAAAAAGAAAGAAUAAGGACAAUUAGUAACUAAAAUCCAAAUGAAGGAUUUUAAGAUUGAAAAUGGAAUGAAAAGAUUGACAAUUGAACUGGCAGGC